UGGAUAAAUAAAUAUAAAGCAAAAAAAUACAACGGCACAAAAAAUUAAAUAAAAAUUUAUGGUGAGAAAAAAAAUGAUGAAAAGCAUCAAAAAAUUAAUUAAAAGUGAAAAAUAAUUAAAAAGUGAGAAAAAAAAAUAAAUUGUGAAAUUUUUCUUAAACCAAAAUCAGGAUUACUCGAUUCAAAAUUUGGGGAGAUAUUUCCCUUGAUUUGGUGGCUGGCGUUUCAGCAACCACGGAGCAAUCCGCUGCUCCCACGGCAACAUCUCAGGGUCACUUGCCCUUGCCGCUUGCAGAUGAAAGUCAUAUGUCUAUUGCAACGGCUGAAAAUGCUGGGCUCGUCCCAUGCGACUUACCAAUUCAAAAUCAGUGGAUCAACAACAAUAACAACAACAGCAACACAACAAACAACAAUACGGCAUCAUUCGCACACCAAACGUCAUCGCUAGCGGGCCUCUUGCCCGGCGUCGUCGGCGGCAGUGCCCUCGGAGGCAAUUCACUUCUAUCUCCUCUCUCGCAUCCGCAGGCACAGGCAUCGAACCAGCAACAAAUGAUGCAACAGGUGAAGGCGGCACAGCAAAAAAUCCGCCGAAAAACGGACAACAAGCCGCAAUCGCAGAUCAACAAGUGCAACAAUGAGAAACGACGACGCGAACUCGAAAACGAGUACAUCGAGCAGCUCGGCGAAUUCUUGCAAAUUAACAAACGUGAUAUGACCCAAACGAAGCCCGACAAGGCGCACAUCCUAAGCGAAGUUGUCAAAACGUUCCGCAAAAUGCUCGAGGAUGGCAAAGUUAAACGCUCCCAAUGUCAUCCCGAUUGCACGGAUCAGUGCACCGUUCAUCCCGUGCAACAGGGCGAAGUGAGUUCAACCGAACCCGAAACCUUCAUGAACGGAAAUUCACCGGAAAAAUCCGCUUAUUUCGAGGCAGUGCGACAUUACAUCUCCAACAUUGGAUGGGUGCUGUUGGAAAUCAACGAUCGCCGUAUCGAAUAUGCCACAGAAAAUGUUUGCGAAGUGCUCCAUUACACCCGCACCGAGCUCCAAGGUCAAGAUAUUUACACGUUUUUGAGUCCGGGCGAUCAUGCGCAUGUUGGCUCCAUCUUGAGCAAAGACACCGUAUCCGUGGCAUGGGGUCAGGAUCAAGAUUCGAACAACAAAGUCGCCAAACCGGCACGUUGCCGCUGGCUAAUCAAGCAAAAUGGCAGUGUAAAUAACACACCAAAGUACAAAGACGUCUUAAUUAGUUCGGCGCCGCUCAAAGACGAUGCCGAAGGAUCUUCCUCGAUGCUGUGUUUGAUCACGAUGCCCGAAGAUGACACCACGGAAAUGUCCUUGGGUGAUGCAGGCGUCGAUAAAAUGGGUUUUUCGAGUACGCAACUUGUGCCGACAGGCGAACGCGAGCCAUUCCCCGAACAAUUUACGCUGAAACUCGAUACAAACGGGAAAAUUUUGCAAAUAAGUACGGCUUCGUUGACCCCCGAGAACGCAAUUUACUUCAAAAACGAGUGUUUGAUCGGCGCAUCGCUUCAGGAUUUGUGUCAUGCUCAAGACAGACAUCGAAUUUUGAAAUUUCUGCAAGAAGCGAAGCAAAUGACGAAGGGCGAAGUACCUCUGGAGUCGUAUCGCAUCCAAGUGGGACUCGAUCAGUACAUGCACGUCAAGUGUCAUGCGCGAGUUUUUAGUUCGCCCGCUACAGAACCUUAUAUUAUGGCGAUGCAUUCGAUUCUCGGCGACAAUGACAAGGAAUUGGACGAUUUUACGAGUAGUAUGAUGCAAUCAAUGCCUGGGACGAGUCAAAUGACAGCUCAAUCCAUGUCGCAAUCGACAAAUUCGAGUAUGGGAGGACCCCUGAUGACUUCAGUUGUUAAUGGAAACAUGAAUCAAUCAGUUUUGGAUCGACUUACGAACCAAAUGAGUCAUCAAUUUUCGCAAGAUGCCGUUCCGGGGGACUCUAGUUGGGAAUAUCCUGAUGUUUUGGAUUUGCCUCAUUCCACGUUCGACUUGGAUUCGAGUUGGGAUCCACGUCCUGACUCGCGUUUGAGUGCAACUUCGAACACGGGCACGCCAAGACCUCCUUCCGUGUCGGCAUAUAGUCCGGCAACGUGCCCCAGUCCCCUUACGUCGUUCAGUUUGUCGGGCAUGAAUAGCCAACCGUCGCCAUCGAACAAUAACAACAACAACAGCAACAUUAGCAAUAACAAUUUCAACAGUCCCGGCAUGAAUGCGGGCACCGGAAAUGGCGGAUACGGCGGAAAUACGCCAAAUUACGAGAAACCCGACGAAAAACCGAAUUUGGAAAAGCUUCAAGCAGGCUUGAAUGACGCAAAAUUGACGUCGCCGAACAACCAUGCGGAACAACCGAAGCAAAAUUUCGAGAGUUCCGACCGUUUGAGAAACUUGCUGACGAGUAAAUCGUCCGCAAGUUCGAGUAGUGAUGGAAAAAAUGUGAUUUUAAAGAAUUUAUUGAAGAGUGACGAGGAUCCGCCGGGAAAAUGUCAUCUGCCGCCGCGACAUCCAGGUUCGCAUAAUAUGCUGCAACAACUGUUGAACGAAAAAAGUAGCGAUGACGACGACAUGGAUGGCAAACACAAAAAUAGCGAACUCCUGAAGCACCUGAACAAGAAGGAGAGUCCGCUAAAGUGCAACGAAGACAUUAUGCAGAAGCUCAAGUACCAAGGAAACGAUCGCAAGAGACCGGCAACCGGAAAUGGCGACGAUUCCGCCGCCAAACGCGAAACUCCAAAGGAAUCGUUGCAGGAAAAGAACAAAAUGCUGGCGUCGCUGUUGGCGGGACCCCCAAAAGCGCCCGUUGAAUCGGCGCUGUCGCAAAAUCCCGUCCGAAUGAUCCCGGAUAUUCCGAAAAAUAACGGAAUCAGUGGCAAAAUCUCGAGUACGACGUCACAAAUGUCGCCGAUAACGAGUACCAGCUCGCUCAUGAACAACAACAACAACAUCGACAAGAUGUCAGGAAAUGCCGCAACUGCGGGCCGACAACUACUGCGAAAGCCUUCUUCCGACAACUACCUCAAUACCAUGCAGCCUAAUAACAAUGCAAUUAGUGCGCAACAAAAUAACAUACAACAGAAAGAACUGCUACGGCAACUGCAGUCACCUCAACCUCAACUACCUCAGCGUUUACAGCAGCAACAGCAAACACAGCAACAACAGCCAAACUUCCCGAAUCCACAUUCGACAAAUCCGCAGGCUGGCAGUCCGUACAGCGGAAAUGUGCAAAACGAAGAUCCCUACUUGCAAUCCAUCCUCAAUGAGUUUUUAGACUAUGCGAGUAGUAACGAAACAGAUGCCGAUCUCGAUAGUCUUCUCGGUAUGAGUUCGUCGCAGCAGUACCAACAAGAAGUCGAGAAACGCGCCAUUAACGCCAUCCAAGUAUCCCUCAUGGAAUGCGAGACGAACGCGUUUAGUGGGAGUCCGCCGGCAUAUCCGUUACAUUCGACAAUGGCCGCGUCGCAGCAACCACAACAACAAAUGGGAAAUUUCCCGCCUCCUCCAAAUUAUCCGAAUCAACCGAAUCAACGACGCAUUUCCAUGUCGCAAGUGACGACGGCCGGCGCUGCAAAUCCCGGAAUUGCCCGACUCAUCAAUCAGCAGCAACAAAUGCAUCAGCAACGCAAACAAAUUAACAUGGAGAAGGAACGGUUGUUGCGUUUGCAGCAACAGCAGAAGAUCGUAGGCCAAACUAAUGCAACGACGUCAGGUGCUGAAACAAUUUGUAAUUCACAAGGAAUGCAAAACAUUGAAUCCUCGAUCCCUCCAAAUGUGUCACUACAAAGAACGCCCGACUCGCAAAUGAGUCCCGGUUUCAACAUUAUCCAGCAACAGCUGAGUCCAAAUCAACAACGACCACCGUUUAGUCCGCAAGCCUAUUCAGCUACAAACCAAUUCAACUUGAACCCGCUAUCACCUCAGCAUCAGUUGCAGCAAAUGCAACACAACUACCAAGCGAACCAAUUUCAACAGGGAGCGAAUUCGCCGGCACAAUUGUCUCCAAUGUCGCGACAAUUUGGACCGGGAACGCCCACGGGACAACAACCGCCUCCCCAAUGGAGUCAAGCGUUAGCUGCCCGAGGCAUGAAUGCAGCAGCGCAAGGCAAUCCCAUGUUGAGUGGACAAUUAGGGAGUCCCAAUAACUUCAAUGGAGGACGUCCCAUAUUCCAAGGACAACGACAACGAUCUCUCAAUUCACCGGGUGCCCGAUCUGCGUCGUUCCAAGACGGUUUUCCCGGACCUCCGAGUCCAUCGCAGGCAGCGCAAGGUUACCAGCAACCGGGCAUGUUUCCGAAUGUGCCGCAACAGCUUCAGCAGCGAUUGCAACGACAACAGAGCGCGCCGCAACCGAUGACAGGAUCUCCGCGACCAUAUGGUGGUCAAGAUCAAUCUCCUUUUGGAAUGAUGUACAAUAAUUCGCCUAACUUACCGCCACAACAUUCCGCCGGGGGACCGGUGGCAACAAAUAAUUCGCCCAACGAUUACUUUACGAACCGUACACAAUCCGGAGAGCCAACCGGUGACUUUAUCCGUCAGGGCUUGCGAGCUGUCGUCACGGGACGAACGCAAUCCGGCAUACGAACUCCCCAAAGUCCCGUCAGUGUUCUAAGUGCAAAUUCACCGAGUGCCCCAUCUCCUGCACAACCCCAAUUACCAAACACGGCGCCCCUGAUGAACAAUUCCACAACGGGCACCGGAAAUAACGUCGGUCCCAACGAUAUGGGCUUCAAUUUUGACCAAAUCGCGCAAGCAGAUUUCUAUGGAGGAAGUACGCCUCGGUGACCCGAAGAAGUCACUUUUGCACACUCUUCUUUCUGAAAAUAAUUAAAUUUAACGUAUUUCUUUAUAAAUAUAAAAUUAGUAUUAAAAUUUUUUUAAUCUAAAUUUUAAAAAUCUAAAUUUUAUACUUUUUUGUUAUGACAAUUUUAAUUUAUAAAAUUAAAAAUUUUAUAUUUUUAUAA